GGACGAUGACGCAAGUGCGACCCUGAAACUGGUUUCUGCAUUCGACGGAAGGUUUGGGGGUUCAACACAUCGCAUCGCAGGUUCAGAGAAACGUCCAAUGAAACUGCGCUGAUUUGAUGGUUCUCCCUCUUCUUCUUCCCAAACGACGCAGAUGAAAUUUCGCGUUUUGAACGCUCUAAUCCUCUUCUUCUUCUUGAGCUGCACCGCUGAUUCAUCCUCCUCACAGAACCAACUAUCGCUUCUCCCCGAACCAUUUCCUCUCUCUCUUCUCUCUGUUCCACCGAAACCCGCUACGGCACUCUUCGCUGCCCUAGAUGGAACCAUUUAUUUGGUGGGCAGUGAUUCUGGGAGGGUGUUUUGGUCUUUUCCAACUGGAUCCUCAAUCUACCAUUCCUAUCAUACUCCCUUCAACAACAACCCUAAUGAUAACACUAAUGCUUCCGCACUCAGUGGCUUUAUUGAAUGUGGAGAUGACUGGGAAUUAAUCCUUUAUGACAACCUCUCUCGUAAAACGAAACUCUCUAAAUCGGUGGCGGAUUAUGUUGCUGUUACGCCUACUGUAACAAAGGAUGGAACAGUUAUACUUGGAUCCAAAAGAAGUACUGUGUUUGAAGUGGAUGCUAAAACGGGAAGGCUUGUUCGAAGCUACUCUGCUGCUGAUGUUGAUCAUGCUUCUCCUGUAGUAUGGAGUGGUGAUGGGCAGAGUGUUAUGACUGUCCUUGGUAGAAAGAGUAAUGAGGUUGCUGAUCCUAUGCAGCUGAAUUCGCCAGAGUUCUUGCUCAAGAUAAUUAGGACAGAUUAUUUUUUGCAAUCUGUUGGUCUUGGAUCAGGAGUAGUUUUGUGGACUAUGGCAGUGGCUGAAUUUAAGGCUGUAUUACUUUGUCAACAUAAUGAAAAUCCAUCUGGCAGGGCUUCGUUUGAUUCAGAGAAUGAGUAUGCUUCUGAUAGUGGCUUAGAUUUUGCUAUGCCAUACGCAUGUCAAGACAGAAAACUGAAUGAAGUCUACCGCCAACGCAAGAAUAUUGUGUUAGAAACUGCUAACCCUGGAAUAUUAUCUGUGGGUUAUCAGGUGAAUCCAAUGCCUAUGUCAAAUCAGAUGCUUGCACCACAGUCUGCUAUUGAUGGAUUUGUCCCUGGUUUUGAUAGUAAUAUACCUUUGCAAUUUUUGAAUAAAAAAAUCAGCUUCUAUGACAGCAAUGAUGAUGCAGCCGCAGUUGCUCUGCCACUUGUUGAGAUCACUGCACCAGGGGAAGUUGAUCCAAAGAAUGUGAUUGAAUGGACGACGGAAUUAUUUCUUCUUAUAUUGGUUAUGGUGUCCUUAAUAGGCUUUUGGAUCUUCUACCCCCAUCUAGUGGUUAAAAGUAAAUAUAUAUUGAAGGACCAAAACAGCAAGAUAGAUUUGAAAAGUUUGCCUCCUAAGAAAAAGAAACCACGCAGGUCAGGGAAGAAUAAUAUCGUUGGUGGCAAAAGGGAUAAACAUCUGUCAUCAGCAGAGGAUAUACAGACGUUUAAGGAAACUGACAGUGGAGCACAGUUGUACUUUAAUAAAGGGGAAGGACGCAGGAUUGGUAAACUAUUUGUAUCGAGUAAAGAAAUUGCUAAGGGAAGCAACGGUACCGUUGUCCUUGAGGGGACAUAUGAAGGCCGAGCAGUUGCUGUUAAACGUCUUGUCCAGGUUCAUAAUGAUGUCGCUCAUAAAGAAAUCCAAAAUCUCAUUGCAUCUGACCGUCAUCCAAACAUUGUCCGAUGGUAUGGGGUGGAAUAUGAUCAUGAUUUUGUUUACCUUGCUCUGGAGCGUUGUACAUGCAACUUGGAUGAUUUAAUUCAUAUUUACUCUGAUAUAUCAGAGAGCCCAGCAUUUAUCGAGGACCAAUAUUCUAAUUUUUUAAAAAAUGUUCGAAUGGAGACAGAGAGGGAUGGUAUACAAUAUCUUUGGAAAGAAAAGGGCUAUCCAUCACCUCUAUUGCAGAAAUUGAUGAGGGAUGUAGUUUCCGGGCUUGUUCAUUUGCAUGAACUAGGAAUAGUUCAUCGGGAUUUGAAACCCCAAAAUGUUUUGAUAAUCAAAGAAAGAUCAUUAUGUGCAAAGCUUUCCGAUAUGGGGAUAAGCAAACGCCUACUCAAAGAUAUGUCUUCUCUGGGUCAUAGUGCUACUGGCUGUGGCAGUUCAGGGUGGCAAGCACCAGAGCAACUUGUUCAAGGACGCCAAACACGGGCUGUAGAUUUAUUUAGUUUAGGUUGUGUCCUCUUUUUCUGCAUGACUGCAGGAAGACAUCCAUUUGGAGAACGUAUUGAACGCGAUGCCAAUAUUGUGAAAAAUAAGAAGGAUCUUUUCUUAGUGGAGUUCAUUCCUGAAGCUGAGGAUCUUAUUUCUUGUUUGUUAGACCCUGACCCUGAUCUAAGGCCAAAGGCAAUUGAAGUGUUGCACCAUCCUUUGUUUUGGAGUUCUGAGAUGAAACUUUCAUUUCUUCGUGACGUAAGUGACAGGGUGGAACUUGAAGAUAGAGAAUGUAAUUCUGAUAUUUUGAAAGUAUUAGAAAGCAUUGCUCCGGUGGCUUUAGGUGCAAAAUGGAAUGAAAAGCUAGAAACAGCUUUCAUUAACAACAUUGGUCGUUACAGGAAAUAUAAUUUCGAAAGCGUUCGAGACUUGUUGAGGGUCAUGAGAAACAAGCUAAAUCAUUAUAGAGAAUUGCCUCAAGAAAUCCAGGAACUGAUAGGACCCGUUCCAGAAGGAUUCAAUGAAUACUUUGCAAGUCGGUUUCCAAGGCUCUUGAUUGAAGUAUACAAAGUUAUAUGCAAAAAUUGCAAGGACGAUGAAUGUUUUCAAAGAUAUUUCAGAUACAUUUAAUGCCUUAGCCUUGCAGAUUUAUCAGAAGGAAAAGAACGGCCGUUUGCAACAUGGAGCAAGAUGAGUUCACAUUUAUAAAUUGACCAGCAGGUUUUCAUAGACAUGUAAUGGAGUAUAUGUACAUAUGUUGCCACUGAUUGAUCUAACCCAAAGCUACAAUGAAACGUAGCGUUCAGACGAUUCAGCUAAAAUGUACAUUAAUGCAUCUUACAAGGCUAGGGGUUACGAGACUCGAACGAUUACUUUUUUUUAAAGUUUUACCCUCAAGUCAUAUAGAAUGGUGAACUUGUAAAUGAAUCAGAACUUCUCAUAUAUCACAUCCCUAAUUACGUAGGUCAUAAUGCAAGUACAAAUGGAGAUGAAAACAGAUUUGUUCGCUAGAGCAAAAAAAUCAAGAAUUCUUAUAUUUUUAAAUUCACUUUUUUUUUUUACAUUUAU